AUGGAACGCAAAGAAUCAGAACUCAAUCUUUUAGUUGGUAUUGAUGGAGUUGAUGCAGUAUUGCAACUUUGGAGAUGUUUCAUCUCUGUCUCGACGUCUCUCUCGACCAAGAAUCACUCCACCUCUCUCUCACGGCUCUCUACGGCGACUCUCUCUCGGUGGCUCUCCUCCUCUCUUCAGAGAACAAGUUGUAUCAGUUAUAUUUGCUGCGAGAUAAAGGUGAAAAAUUACCAUGUCAUUGCCAAGUUGGCUACUGAUCAGAGUGGAUUACAACGUUGUAAGAUAUCUCUAGUUGAUGCCAUGGGAACAAGAUUUACAAAGGAUGGGAAAAUUGUGGGUCUUGAUCCAGACAAUGAUCUUGUUGUUCUGAAGAUUGAAACCGAGGGACGUGAGUUGAAGCCUGUUUCUCUUGGUACCUCCAGUGAUCUAUACGUAGGUCAGAGUUGCUUAGGUUGCUUGAUGAGCUUGAAGCUCUGGUGAAUCAUCUCAAGACUCAUGACGGUCACUACAAAAGUUGGUCUGUCCCCGAGAGCUUACCUCAUGUUCAUGGCUACAUGAACGCUUUGCUCUCUCUUGACUCCUUUCAGAAAACGAAGACCGAGGAGAGGUAUGUGAUCGCAGGAUGGGCUCACAAGGUUAACCCCUAAAACUACUACUAGUUCCAUCUGUUGUGUGUGAUGAUGAUGUGGUUCAAUGUCUAUCUUCUCUAUCAGUAGAAUAAUGUUCUUGGACCUGUUAUGUUUGUUACUGUAUCUGCACCAAGUGAAAAGAAAGACUUUUAGUCAUA